AUGCCAGAAAGAAACUCUGUGGUGCAGAGUGAUUUAAAACUUCUCAGGUUCUACGACCAAACACCAAUCACCUGCUACAGGCAGCCAGCAGACGACCAAACACCAAUCGCCUGUUACAGGCACCCUGCAGACGACCAAACACCAAUCGCCUGCUACAGGCAGCCAGCAGACGACCAAACACCAAUCGCCUGUACAGGCACCCUGCAGACGACCAAACACCAAUCGCCUGUUACAGGCACCCUGCAGACGACCAAACACCAAUCGCCUGCUACAGGCAGCCAGCAGACGACCAAACACCAAUCGCCUGUACAGGCACCCUGCAGACGACCAAACACCAAUCACCUGCUACAGGCAGCCAGCAGACGACCAAACACCAGUCGCCUGUUACAGGCACCCUGCAGACGACCAAACACCAAUCGCCUGUUAACCCUGCAGACGACCAAACACCCAAUCGCCUGCACCCUGCAGACGACCAAACACCAAUCGCCUGUUAACCCUGCAGACGACCAAACACCAAUCGCCUGCUACAGGCAGCCAGCAGACGACCAAACACCAAUCGCCUGUACAGGCACCCUGCAGACGACCAAACACCAAUCACCUGCUACAGGCAGCCAGCAGACGACCAAACACCAGUCGCCUGUUACAGGCACCCUGCAGACGACCAAACACCAAUCGCCUGUUAACCCUGCAGACGACCAAACACCAAUCGCCUGUACAGGCACCCUGCAGACGACCAAACACUAA